AUCGUUGCCCCGGGGUCCGCUAAUUAAUUAUUAACAGCGGCCAGAGCAGAGAGCCAAGGUCGGGACAAACCGCUCCCGGUCGCUUCCUACCCCCCAUCCCGGUACCGGUGCCGGUGCCACCGGCGAGGAUGUGGCCGUACGCGGUGGCCGCGCUGCUGGCGCUGUUCCUGCUGCGCCGGUGGCACCGGGAGCGGCAGACGGUGCCGCGGCUCUCGGAGAAGCACGUGCUGAUCACGGGCUGCGACAGCGGCUUCGGGAACCGGUUGGCGCGGCAGCUGGACGCGCGGGGGCUGCGGGUGCUCGCCGCCUGCCUGACCCACACCGGGGCCGAGCAGCUGCGGGCGGCCACCUCCGACCGGCUGCACACCGUCCUGCUGGAUGUCACCUCCAGCAAGAGCAUCGCCGAUGUCACCGCCUGGGUCCGGGAGCGUGUGGGUGAUCAAGGGCUCUGGGGGCUGGUGAACAACGCAGGGAUCGCCAUCCCCAGCGCCCCGAACGAGUGGCUGAGCAAGGAGGACUUUGUCAAGGUGCUGGAUGUCAACCUGGUGGGGCUGGUGGAGGUGACCCUGAGCCUCCUGCCGCUGGUGCGGCGGGCGCGGGGCCGCGUGGUCAACGUGGCCAGCGUGAUGGGCCGCGUGUCCUUCUUCGGUGGAGGCUACUGCAUCUCCAAGUACGGCGUGGAAGCCUUCUCUGACAGCCUCAGGCUGGAGAUGCGCAGCUUCGGGGUGAAGGUCUGUGUGAUCGAGCCGGGCUUCUUCAGAACAAUGAUCACCAACGUUGAGAACCUGGAGAAGAAUUUUCAUGCCAGCUGGGGGAAGCUUCCUGAGGAAAUCAAAGCAAGUUAUGGAGAGAACUACUUAAGGGAGUAUGUGGCAUUGCUCAAGCUGCUGCAGAAAAGCUACAGCUCCAACCUGUCACUGGUCACCAACUGCAUGGAGCACGCGCUGACCAGCCUCCACCCCCGCAGCCGCUACUCCGCUGGCUGGGACGCCAAGCUGCUCUACAUCCCCCUCAGCUACCUGCCCUCAGCCCUCAGCGACGCCCUAUUCACCUUUUUCUACCCCAAAUCUGCUGGGAACACCUAAGGUGGGGUUGCAGCUGGCAGCCAGAGCGAGAUCGAUAACGCCUGGUGGGAUCCAAAACUGGCUCCAGCCAAGGCCACACCGAGGUCCCUGAAUUUGUAGCUGCGUGUCUGACCCUCUGUCCCCUGCUCACGGAUGGGUUUGUCCUGAAUAAAGACCCCCUGUCCCCUC